CAGCUGGGGAAUCUGAAAUCCCCAAAUCGAAUUGUUGAUCUAGGGUUUCUUGGUUUCUCUACAAUGGCAACCAUACUAAGCGAUGAACAGCUGGCGAAACGAGGUUUUACGAAGGAUUCAUUGGCGUUGGAGGAGGAUGCUAACUCUUCGCUCAUAAAAAAGCAAAAGAUUGACGAGGAAGGCGACGAUAGCAGCAGCGAUAGCGACGGCAGCGACAGCGAGUGGGCUGGGUAUAACUGGUUACCGGAAACUGAACCAGAGUGGGACGUCGAUAGCUUUGAUGGUCACGAGUUUAAAAUCAACCCCAGGGUUCGUAAGAUGUACGGCUCUAACCAGCAACUUUAUGACGAAUACUACAACGACAGGCUCGAGGCUUUCAACAGUAAGGGUUUCCUUCCUGAUCAUCUGAACGGAAUCUACAAUGUUUAUCUAGACGAAAAAAUGAAUGGCUACAACACUACUCGGGAUUUCAUGGCAAAGCUUGCUAAUGUGUGUGUUAAGAAACACAACGAAACCAAGAAAAAGACUUUGGAAUUGGUAAAUGUUGUGAGAGCUACUGAAAGGGGAGCAGCUGCGUGGAGGUUUUACAUCACUUUUAUGGCUCGGGAGUAUCGUGAUGGGCCUCUUGUUGAGUACCAAGCCAAGGUUAUCAAAUUCUUAGGGCAGAAGGAUCCUUUCCCAGUUCUCUGCAGACCAAGUCCUAAACCAGGAAUCUAAAUCUAUAUUUAAAGAUUGGUAUGUUGACGACAAGCUAGCGGAGGCUAAGAUGCAUUCAAGUUAAGAGUUUUAAGAUAUGGUUUUGUUGGGUGGGAUCAAGUAUGAGUGUAUGACCUAUGACCAUAAUUGUGUAAUGACCUUAAUUAUCUUAUGAUCUAUGACCUUAAUUAUGUUGUGCAUUGUAUGGUUUAUGUGUGUUUGUGUGUGAGAUAAAUUAUGGAGUUUAUGUGCAAUUUGAAACGUAGGUAUUUGAAUGGAA